UUUUUCUAUCAGCAAUUUAGCAAGAAAAAAAAAUUUAAUCGGCAAAUCUCAUCUCACUGACGAAAAUUCAGACUGCAGAGGUGUACAUAAACGGCAAAGAAGUGAUAAACGUGGAAGAACACAAGUUACAAAUAGACAAACUUCUAAGACAACAUAUCCAAAACAACAGCCUCCAUUACCGGAGCUUCCAAUGCUAAGACCAACCACAUAAAUACCCUCCAAGACCAAGAAUUUCUCUUGCAAAUAAAAAAUAAUAAUAAUAGGCCAAAGUAGUUUUUUUACACAAUCACCAUGCUUUUGCACACGCACUUCUUUCAGACUUUAAGAACUGCAAGAAGGGUUCUUGGAAAUGUAAUGAAAGAUUCUGUUCAAUUGAGCAACAAGAAUUGUAUGCCAUUGAGAAGAGGCAAAAGGGUUGUUUCUUUUCAAGGCUCUGCUGUAAGAUUUGUACAAACAUCAUACCGUAUUUCACUGCCUGCUGGGAACGCAUUUGGAAACCAAGAAAAAGUCUCUUCAAAAAUUUUGAAAGACAAGAAGACAGUUCCUGAUUCAGAUCCUCCAAGUGAUAGAGAUGUUGAUCUUUUGUACCAGUUUUUUGAUCAAAGCACCAAAUUAGUGGUUUUGACUGGAGCUGGGAUUAGUACAGAAUGUGGAAUUCCUGAUUAUAGAAGUCCAAAUGGAGCCUACAGUUCUGGUUUCAGACCUAUUACCCAUCAGGAGUUUGUCCGUUCAAGUAGAACACGUAGGCGAUAUUGGGCUAGGAGCUAUGCUGGAUGGAGACGGUUUCAUGCUGCAGAACCUAGUGCAGCCCAUUUUGCUUUGGCAUCUUUAGAAAAAGCUGGGCGGGUUGAUUUUAUGAUUACACAAAAUGUUGAUAGACUGCACCAUCGUGCUGGGAGCAACCCACUUGAAAUACAUGGAACGGUAUACUCUGUGACUUGUCUAGAUUGCAACUUUUCCUUUCCACGGAGUUCAUUUCAAGAUCAACUGAAGGCCCUCAAUCCAAAGUGGGCAGAAGCAAUUGAAACUUUGGAUAAUGGAAGUCCUGGAUCGGAGAAGAGCUUUGGCAUGAAGCAAAGGCCUGAUGGUGAUAUUGAGAUUGAUGAGAAAUUCUGGGAGGAGGAUUACCACAUACCUGCAUGCCCCAAAUGCAAUGGAGUGCUCAAACCUGAUGUUGUUUUCUUCGGCGAUAAUGUCCCCAAGGAUAGAGCAGACAAGGCAAUGGAAGCUGCGAAAGGGUGUGAUGCUUUCCUUGUACUAGGAUCAUCUCUAAUGACCAUGUCUGCUUUUAGACUUGUCAGCAACCGAAGCAUGGUGUUUUUAAGACUGCUUAAGCUUCAGUUGACAAGGCUUUUGAUAUUGAACAGGGCUGCUCACGAGGCAGGUGCUGCUACAGCAAUUGUAAAUUUAGGUGUGACGCGAGCUGAUGAUAUCGUGCCUUUAAAGAUAAAUGCCCGAUUAGGAAAGAUAUUGCCUAGAGUACUGAACAUUGGAUCCCUCAGCAUCCCUGCUCUCUCCUGAUGAUACGAGAAAGAGGUGGGGAUUGAAAUGAAGAGGGGCUAUGAGCCUUCAAGUUUUAAUUAAAUGUCAUGAUAGUUUUUUCGUUGGCAUCACUGCACCAUCCUAUAGAAUGACUAGCGGAACUUGUUGAUCAUGAGUCCCCUUGAGAUUCUGAGGGCAUAUCUAGCUCAGGAUUUCUAGCUCAGGAUUUCACCAAUGUGAGUAUCAUAUAAUUGUGCAUGAUACAUUAUGAGGUAGCUGUUUGGAGGCAACUUCAAGAUGCCAUCAAGCAAGCAAAGAAUGGUGUCUGCCAUUAACAUUUCAAUCUGUUUGUGGUCGUUCCAGUAAAUUUAUGAUUUGAUUAAAUUUGUUUGCUGUAUUGGGUAUAAAAUCCUGUUCAUGCUGUAACGUUUAA